AUGGGCAAAAACAAGCGCAAUGCAAAGCACAAAGCAACGCCGCAGCCAUCAAGUGAGCAUAACAACAAUAACGGUAUACGCAUACCAAAAUUGCCCGAUAAGGAUCGCCGGCAAUUGAAUCAGCUGGCACAAAGUGCACUCGACAUACUGCAAAAGAUGCCAACGAACCCCAACGAAGAGUGGAAGAACUAUGUAGAAGUGCAACGGGUACUCGAAUCGAUGAUGCAGCUCGAGAGGCCGCUGCAACGUUGCGCCUUCCCACCCAACCACAGCAAUGUGAAUGACAAGGCGCGUCUGGCCAAAAUGCAGGCGUUCAACGAAUGGGCCAAAGCGGGCGGUGUGCUCAGUGAUGCUGUGGAAAUUGCCAUAUUCCCCGGCUAUGGGCUGGGACUGCGGGCCACACGUGACAUUGAGGCUGGCGAGCAGGUGUUGAGCGUGCCCAGGCAACUGAUGUUCUCCGAGGAGCACUUAUCGGAAGCGGAACGCAACAUCUACAGCAGUCUGCCGCAAUUGACCAAUUUGAAUUUAUCGUAUGCGUUGGUCAUUGAGAAGAUGCGCGGUGCCGCCAGCUCAUGGUAUCCAUACAUCAAUACGCUGCCUGCCCUGUACAACACUGUGCUGUACUUUAGCGUGGAGCAGAUGCAACAGCUGCGCGGCACUUCCGUCUGCUCGGCGGCACUGCGUCAAUGCCGCGUCGUUGCCCGGCAAUACAUCACGAUGUACAAGUGCGCCUACAUUCAGCCCAAGGGCAGCGUGGAUGCCUCGGUCGCCUCCAUGGCCAGUUUGUUUACCCAGUUUGGUCUCUGCUACGAUCUCUACAGGUGA